AUGCAUAUCCUAGUAGUGAACGACGAUGGCCCCCCAAACUCCCGCCUAUCACCCUACGUCAAACCCCUGGUGAACGCCCUCCAAUCCUCCGGCCACCUAGUCUCAGUCGCCAUCCCAGCAGCCUCCCGCUCCUGGAUCGGAAAAGCCCACAUAAUCGAAGCAUCCCUAACAGCCAGCUACGUCCACCCGGACUCCUUCCGCGAAGACGGAACCUGGGAUGAAACAGCCACUCCCCCCACAAGUUCUGACUGGGUGGUAAUCCAAAAUGGCACACCGGCCAGCUGCGCCCAGUUAGGAUUGUACAAUUUGUUCACCGAUCGUCCGCCCGUGGACCUCGUGAUCUCCGGCCCAAAUCAUGGUCGGAAUGCUUCGACUAUUUACAAUUUGUCGUCGGGGACCGUGGGCGGGGCGUUGGAGGCGGUUUUCUGCGGGAAGCGCGGGAUUGCGAUCUCGUUUGGUAGUAAGGAUCCGCAGACUGAUGGGGUUAUUGCUGCUGCGGCGCGAUUGGCGGUCAAAUUGGUUGACCAUCUUUAUCGUGUCUGGGAUGAGAGGGUGGAGUUAUAUAAUAUCAAUAUUCCUAUGAGAGAGGAUGUUGAAGAACGACCUGUUUUGUACACGCGGACUUUGCCGUAUUAUUGGUCGCGGGGAUGUUUGUAUGCUGAGGGGGAGAAGAAGUUGAAUGGCUUGACCAAUGGGCAUUGCAAUGGGGUUAAUGGACAUGCUGAGAUGCCCAGACAGCGCCAUUUCAAGUGGUCGGCUGAUUUGUCGGAUAUGAAGAAGACAUUGCAGGAGAGUGAAGAAGGGACGGAUGCGCAUACCGUGUUAAAUGGGUCUACUAGUGUGACGGCUUUGCGAGCCAAUUUCUGGCAUGUCCCCGAUCUCGAGGGACCUUUGAACCUGAACUGA